AUGUCAUUUUGUACUGAUGUUGUGCAUCUCUUAGCCACAUUGAACAUGUCUCUUCAAGGUAAAAAUAAAUUCAUUAAUAACCUAGUACAAGACAUUUUUGGUUUCCAAAAUAAGCUCAAACUUUUUCAAAGAAACUUAAGAAUAAAUAAUUUAAACCAUUUUCCGUACUUAAAAAUAAUUGAGGAUUGUUUGGUUGGAAUAGCAACGAGAUUUCAUUGUGAAGAUUAUGUACAUAAAUUAGAAUGUUUAUCAACUGAAUCUAAAGAUCGAUUUAAAGACUUGAAAUUACUUAAACCUUUGAUUGCAUUUUUAGAAAAUCCCUUUAUAAUUAAUGUUAUUGAAAAUGGAUGUCCAAUAUCAAAACCGAUUUUAAUGGUUUCAGCAACUUAA